AUGUCUCAUACCGCAGUGCAGGGGAGUAUUGGGAGUCGUUCUUCCAUGGGGAUGCACACAUACAAAGUAAGUCAACACUCUUCUUUAUUACUAAUAUAUCUGUACGAGUGUGAGAAUUUCCAAGGUCGUUGUAUGGAGUUGAACGGCGAGUGUCGUAAUAUCUGCGAUAAGGGCUUUGAUCGUGUGCGUUCCAUCAGAGUGGAGUGUGGCCCGUGGGUGGGUUACGAACAGCAGGACAUGCGUGGUGAGAUGUUCCUGUUGGAGAAGGGAGAGUAUCCUCGCUGGGACACCUGGUCCAAUAGCCACCGUUGUGAUUUUCUCAUGUCACUCAGGCCAGUCCGCAUGGAUUCCCAGGAUCAUAAGAUCUGCCUGUAUGAGUGUGCAAACUUUGAGGGUCGUAAGAUGGAGGUUUGUGAUGAGGACAUCCCCAGCAUGUGGUCUUAUGGCUUCUAUGACAGAGUAGCAAGCAUUCAGGUCUCCGGAGGAACGUGGGUUGGGUACCAGUACCCUGGCUAUCGUGGAUACCAGUACCUGUUUGAAUAUGGCCCCUACAAGCACUGGAAUGACUGGGGAGCCAACCAUCCACAGAUCCAGUCCAUCCGCCGAGUGCGAGACAUGCAGACACAUCGACGAGGCUGCUUCGAGAUGACUGCGUAA